GCAUCUCUCCCCUUUAUUUACGUCACUGCGAGACAAUUGUGUGUUACUUUCCCUGCUUGUUCUCAAGACUAUCGUAGGUAAAAACAUGGGGCUGUAUCUGUUAUUAAUUUUCUCCUUUCAACUCCUGUUAACUCCAGUUAUAAUUUCAACUCCUGUAAUAAAAGAAAAUGAUAGUGAGCAACACCAAAUUCCAGACAAAGAGGUUAAGGAACUUGAAAAUCUUCGAACUGAAAACCAGAAACCUAACGAGAUGCCUUCUGUAAUUCAACAAGAUGAAGCGGCUGUUCAGCCUACACAAUCUCAAAAAUCAGAUAACAGCAGAAGCGCCAUUUUUCGACAUCGUGGAAUAACGCAAGCCAAGAAAAAUAAAUAUUGGAAUGAGAAAAUUCCACAAGUAAAUGGUGCAGGAAUUCAGUAUUCACCGGCAGAUCUUGCAGAAUAUGUUUUUAACACAGGCGAUGAAGAAGGAGUUGCAGUUGCAGUUGAGGAAUUAGUACGAGAAGGAAUGAUGGGAAGAACGGAUGCUAUCAACUACUUGCAAGAUGUCAAACAAAUAUUAAGUGACAUGAGAAAAAAAAUCACAAAACAAUUAUUCCUCAACUCUCUACAAGAAAUAAAAAGAGAAGUCACCACCGCACAUCCUGCUGUCAUAGCUUCGACUUCCGAACCAAAACAACCUACUGUUGUGAGUACUACAGUAAAAACGGAAGAAGAUUUCAAAAGACCAUCUUAUGGUUUCACCUUGGAUGUUAUAUACAAGCUUGCUAAGGACAUGUUUACCCAAAGCAUUUUAAGAGAUGAUCCCACUGCGGAGGAAACUUUAUCUGGACUUGUUACAUUUUUGGAGAAUGAAGUUGGAAAUAAAAGAAUUUCUCCUGCCAUGAAGGAGAAAGUGUUAGAAAUUGUAUCAGCCGCUCUUGUGGACAGCCUUAGAGAAUAUCAGGAAAAUCAACCAUUUGACCACACUGGAGAUGUCCCUAUGUACCAUAACCGAGGAAUAAAAGGUCCAGAAAAGAAUAAGCCUAAAUCCAGUUAAUAUGUUUCAAGAAUAACACGCUUAGUAGUUGCACAACCUUCAACAUUUUCCAAAAAAAGAUAGGGUCUUCCAUAGUAAAAAUCACAUUUAUUUUACAAAUAUCCAGGAAAGAUAUCACAAAGUUGCAAUUCAAAUUGUAUAUAAUGAAGCCUAUUUUAUUGGAACAGAGAAGGACUUUAGAUAAUUUAUUUCUUACUAAAUAAGCAGAAUUAUUGAAGUGAUUAACAAUUUUCAUAGAUUCAUAUAACAAUUUUUUUUAUUAACUUCACUGCUUUGCUUUAGUAACUUUUAAUUUUAUGAAUUCGUGUGUCAUAAUUUAAUGCAUAAAUUAUAUUUAAAUGUACAUAAUUAAUGUAGUUCUAUUCGCUUGCCAUUGAUUGUGAUUGAUCACUGAAAUAUAGCAGUUUCAAAAUGUAAUCAUUAAAGUUUUAUGUAGACAAUAAAUUAUUAUUUAACAUUA